AGCGAUAAGGCGCUGUGCUGCAGUCAUUCAGCACGGUGUGCAGGGUACAGCACACGGCGAGCGUAAUUGUAUAAUUUCAUAAACUAUGUAGUAUAACGCACUUGUGGUCAGCGUCAUUUGCAGUGUUCCGCCCUUUGUAAUUCAGAAAAACGAGUCCAAUAGUGAACUGGUGUCGGCUUGUUUCCAGGUCGUGUCGUCUCUAACGGACCAAUCAGCUUCCAGUUGGGCCUGAGAACGCAGCGCGAGCCCUGACUGUCUGAGCGCUCGAGAGUGCGGGAAAAUAAUUUUACUGGGCACCAAACACCGCGUCCGCAAAAUGCCGAAUAAAACGAAAAAAGAAAAGGAUUCCCCAAAAUCUGUGAAAUCCAGCAGCAAAAACAAUAACGUCAACGCUGGAAAGGAUCCUGGGACUGAAAAUUCAGACGAGACGCAGCAGCAGACAGCCAGCAAGCGUCCUAGCAACAGCACUCCACCUCCAACUCAGCUCAACAAAAUCAAGUACUCAGGUGGGCCACAGAUUGUCAAAAAAGAGCGCCGCCAGAGCUCCUCUCGCUUUAACCUCAGCAAGAACCGUGAGCUGCAGAAGCUUCCUGCCCUUAAAGAUGCUCCACCCAUCGACAGGGAAGAGUUGUUCGUUCAGAAGCUACGCCAGUGCUGUGUACUGUUUGACUUUGUGACAGAUCCUCUCAGUGAUCUCAAAUACAAGGAGGUGAAGCGUGCUGGACUGAAUGAGAUGGUGGAGUACAUCACACACAAUCGUGAUGUAGUUACUGAAUGCAUCUACCCCGAGGCUGUCAUUAUGUUUUCAGUAAACCUGUUUAGGACCCUGCCUCCUUCUUCCAAUCCUACCGGAGCAGAAUUUGAUCCUGAGGAGGAUGAGCCAACACUGGAGGCAGCCUGGCCACAUCUGCAGCUGGUGUAUGAAUUCUUCUUACGGUUUCUGGAGUCACCUGAUUUCCAGCCUAAUGUCGCCAAAAAAUACAUUGACCAAAAGUUUGUAUUGUCACUCCUGGAGCUGUUUGACAGUGAAGACCCCAGAGAGCGGGACUUUUUAAAAACAAUCCUACACAGGAUUUACGGCAAGUUUCUGGGACUUAGAGCAUACAUUCGUCGACAGAUCAACAACAUAUUCUAUAGAUUUAUAUAUGAAACAGAGCAUCACAAUGGCAUUGCAGAGCUCUUGGAAAUUCUAGGAAGUAUAAUUAAUGGUUUUGCUCUGCCAUUGAAAGAGGAGCACAAAAUGUUUUUGAUUCGAGUGCUCCUACCACUGCACAAGGUCAAGUCACUCAGUGUCUAUCACCCUCAGCUGGCCUACUGUGUUGUUCAGUUUUUGGAAAAAGACAGCAGUCUCACUGAACCAGUUAUAAUGGGUCUCCUGAAGUUCUGGCCCAAGACCCAUAGUCCUAAAGAGGUGAUGUUCCUGAAUGAGUUGGAGGAAAUCUUGGAUGUCAUUGAGCCUUCAGAGUUUGUAAAAGUUAUGGAGCCCCUGUUUAGACAGCUAGCCAAGUGUGUAUCAAGUCCACACUUUCAGGUUGCUGAGAGGGCACUGUAUUACUGGAACAACGAGUAUAUAAUGAGCCUAAUAAGUGACAAUGCUGCCAAAAUCCUCCCCAUCAUGUUCCCUGCUCUUUAUAAGAACUCCAAAAGUCAUUGGAACAAGACAAUCCAUGGGCUUAUUUACAAUGCUCUGAAGCUCUUUAUGGAGAUGAACCAGAAGUUGUUCGAUGAUUGCACACAGCAGUACAAAGCCGAGAAGCAAAAGGAGAAGUACAAACUUAAGGAGCGGGAAGAGAUCUGGCACAAGAUUGAACAGCUUGCUAAACAAAAUCCUCAGAUUACGAAGAUCCAUCCUAGUCUUCGACCUGGACUUCCUAAGGAUGCGUAUAUAAUGUAUAAUGAAAACCAAGGGAUACCACAUUAUUCCAUGGAGACAGAGACUCCCACUGCUGAGGAUAUCCAGCUGCUGAAGAAGACUGUGGAAUCUGAGGCCUCGCAGGGAACGAAGGACAUAAAGAAGGACAAGGUGCUGAUGCGACGGAAGUCAGAGCUGCCACAAGAUGUGUACACUAUAAAGGCUCUGGAAGCCCACAAGCGGGCAGAAGAAUACCUGACUGCAAAUCAGGAAGCUCUCUGACUGGGGAACACCACAACCAGUCACCUGCACCAUGCCUAGACUGUCCCACUUGUAUUUGUCCAGAAAUGUCGCCUGCUGUAUACUCCCCCUCCUUUCCUCCUUUUGUCUCUGCUUCUUUCCUUCUUCGCUUUCUCUUCUUGGAGAGGCCUUUCUUCAAAAAUGUUGGCCAGCACACAAUUGUGAAGAGCUCCCAUUCUCUCUCCCCAUCACUCUUCCUCCCCAUCUCUCUGUGUUUGUCUUUCUCGUUGUCUCUACUACACCCCCUCCCCCCACCACCAUCCCCAAGCCUCUGCCAUUCCAACAUACCAACACCAAAUCAGAAAACAAUCAUGGAAAACAGUAUUUGAAUUGUACUACCAUAAUUAUUUUUCAAAAUAAUGUUUCCUCUUUAGUGUAAUUUUACUCUCAUUACCUCUUUUUCCCUGCUUUCAUCCUGUUUUAUUGCUUCUUCCCUUCACUGGUCCUGUACGUCUAUAUUCAUUUAGGCAACUGACUGUGUUGCCUAUAAGAUUACAAGCAACACAUAUUUGUGACAAUGACGGUGUAUUUGCUUAAGCCAGGUUUAGGGACAAGGGAGUGUAGGUCUUUAUUUCUGGAUCAUGUUGCCUUGCUCUUGUGGGACAGUGUCAUGCACAUGAAUGUAAAAUUGCUAUCAAAUUAUACCACAGGCAGUCUACAGGAUCUGUAGAGGUGUUUGUGUCCUGUAUAGCCUGGUUGUUGAUACUUUGGUGUCUUCUUGCAAUAAGUUUAAAGUAAAAUAUAAUUGUCUAAAAGUACAUGGAAAAAUACCUCAAGACAAGGCAUCAUGCUUCCUUCUUAGAUGUCAUAGGUUCAGGCUUGUGUCAUCAUUUCAGUGGCCGACAUAAAGGAAUUAGCCACGGUUCUUGGUCAAGAUGCAUGUGCUAGUGGCAGUCUGAAGUGUAUGCACUGAAAGCCUUGCUGUGCAGUAGCCACAUGGCAGAAUCGCUAUGAUUUAUUUAUGCUUGUAGUCACAUUUAUGCUGACUGUCAACACCGGAUUUAAUGUUUAGUCUGUUUCCUGCCUUACUGGUGAACUGAGAACACAACACUGUAAGGUGUUGAAUGCAAAUGCUGACCUCCAAAAACACCAGCAGACCAUUCCAUAUUUCAUUAUCAUUCUAAUGAAGAAUGCUGUAUCUCAAUGUUCUGUACCUCAAAAAUGUGUCCAUAACUUACCAAUCAUUAUACAUGGAUCCAUGAUGUAUGGUUACAUAUUUGUAAUUUGUUUUUUUUUGUUUUUUUUAAAGAAAUGGAUUACCAAGAAAUCCUAACAAUUCCCUUUAAACUGCUAUUUUUAUCUUCUAGCCUAACCUUGUAAACAUCAUAUUUGUCUUACGAGUUUACAGUUUGAUGUUAAAAAAAAAACCUCAUUUCAACUGCCUUGUCAAGUGGGAAAGGUUAGUUCAAUGUAAGCAGAGGGAUGUCCAUUCAUCUCUACCUUUUAUCGUAGAACUUUACUUUAAUAAGUUAUGCAUCUCUUAAGGAGCCUAAGCAAUAUUUUUGGAAAGAAGCACUUCAAAAGUUUGGUCGAAUGCUAUUCAAUCCAUAUUAUGACAGUAAAGUGUACAAGAAUUGCUUGUUUAACUCCCCAAGCAGUGCGUAUAUGGGUAACCGGCAGACUGCAGUUGUUAAUUGUAUAUUGUUCUGUAUAUUGCUUAGGAUUGCAUCCUUGCUUGACAUAUCCCCUGACCAUGUUUUCUUCCACCUCACUGAGAUCAUGUUUUCUUUCAUUUGCCUUCACCUGUUGAACAGUAUCCUCUGGUCUAUUGCAGUGAAUUAUCACUCAUUCUGGGAGAAAAAUCACUCCUUAAAUUGGCUGCCAGACACUUGUUGAUGCUUGGCUAUACCAUUUACCUGCUACAACACAUUAAAUAAUCAGUUAUCUUUAAUGAUUGAUGAUAAAGAAAAGGUUGUACCUAAUAUAAUUGGCUAAAUAAACUAGCUCAGAUAUCUA